AUGUUUCGCCAUGCGUUUCAACCGUACAUAGACGACCCUCCCGCGCACAAAGCAGUGUUGUUCCACGACGAAACUGCGUUGAUUGUGCGUGAUGCAUAUCCAAAGUCAAAGUUCCACUACCUUGUGAUUCCACGGCUGAAGAAAAUUACUCACAAACAUCCGUUCGAUGUGUUCAAGAAUAACCCAACUUUGUAUGACAUUAUUGCAACAUACGUCGAAAAGGCCAAAGAUAUGAUCAUGGAGGAAAUGCAGCUCACGCAGCAGUUCGCAUCAGAUAGUCCAAUGACAAAUGCAGAAUAUCGCGCCAGAUUUAUCCGCGCUGGAGUCCACGCCGCACCAUCUCUCGCCAACUUUCAUAUCCACGUAAUCUCACAGGAUUUUGAGUCUCCGUGCCUCAAACACAAGAAACAUUACAAUUCGUUUACAACGGAGUUUUUCGUGUCGUAUGACGAUUUGGAGCCCUUUGAAAACACUAGUUUCCGAGAUUACGGAUAUGCAUCUGACUCUGAUGCAGGUGACGACUCAAGUGACGCAAGUGAUUCGGAAGCAAAUCAACCGUUGAUCCGAGAUCCGCACAUUCUCAACAAUAUAAUACGUGAGUCCCCACUCGUUUGUACGUAUUGUGGGGUUAGCUUUGGUAGUGGCUUUUCCAGACUCAAGCUGCAUUUAGCAUUGGAAUAUGCAAAGCAUUUCCGAUCCUGUCCGACGGAUCAAUCUCGCUUUGCAUAA